AUGCCUACUACGCUCGAAUUCCACGGUCGCAACCCCAUCACAUUCGAAUCUGCUGAAAAAGUAGAAGCGAACGUCAUCCGCCAGCUAGGUUACGGUCCUGCAGCAGCAGAGCUCCGGCAGGAACUUUGGAAGGAGAGAAGAGAGAUUGAAGCCAUUGCUAAACAUCACCUUGGAUUAGGAAGUGAGCUCAGCUACACUGUCCUCGAGCAGUCGACAUGGAUCCAAGGCGGCUUCAAUAUUUGCGUACCUAUUGAGGCAAAUCUUGGCAAGUUAUCGAAGAAACUUAUCUUUCGAUGCCCGAUGCCACACAAGCUUGCCGAAAGCAUAUACCCCGGCACGGUAGAUGAGAAGCUCAGCUGUGAGUUGGGAGCAUAUAUGUGGAUGCAGGAUAAGUGCCCUGAUAUCCGUAUCCCUCACUUAUACGGCUUUGGCUUCUCGGACAGCCGACAUUUCGGCCAAUUUACCCACGCAGAGCACCGACCUCUCCAUGUGCGCCUCUCCCGCCUGUUCUGGCAGUGCUUUUAUAGCCUCUUUCGAUACCCUACCCUAUCACAAUAUACGCCCCACCAGAAGAGGAGCAAUUUCCUAGCACUAGAGAAUGAAGGCACACAGAGGAUAGCACAAAAGGAUGACACCUAUGCGUCUACUGAGCCCUUCGUAUCCGACAUGAUUACCUUCCAUGACAAGCGCCUCCUCAACAACCCGAACGCAGUAUACGACGCUGGAGACUGCCGUACCCAGAUGACCCAGAGGAUGCUACUCCGGGCUCUCUCACAUCAAUAUAUCAACCGUGCUCGCCGUAAUGGGCCGUUUCUGCUGCAGCUUACCGACGUCAAUCCCUCCAACAUCUUUGUCGACAAGGAAUGCAACCUUACUUGCCUUGUCGACCUUGAGUGGAUAUGCGCUCUUCCUGCGGAAAUGCUUGCAGUACCAUACUGGCUUACUGGACGACGCAUUGACGAGAUAGAAGAGGAUCACUUAAUUAAGUUCAGCGAAAUACGACGGGAGUUUAUGGAUAUAUUAGAGGAAGAAGAGCAGGGUCUGGGAGAACAUAACAUUUCAAUAUCAGGAGCUAUGCAUGACACGUGGGAUUCAAAAGGAGUUUGGUAUUGGUAUUGUAUAUCGUCGGCGAAUGCUAUGCUUACUCUUCUUGUGGACCACAUCUGCCCUGCAUUUUCAGCAGAACUAUAUUCAGACUUCGAGGAGGUUCUGUCGAAGUUUUGGUGUGAGAAUGCAGAGGACGUUGUUCAACAAAAGGUUGAUGAUAAUAUCAAAUAUAAUGAGGAACUCCGACGGCGAUUCGGGGAAUCAGCAACUAUAUAG